AUUCGGACGAAGCGCGCACCUGCUGUGAGAUUUGUUUAGGAGGGAAAAUCUUGUCUCCGUCCCUUAUCCGCGAUUGAAGAGACGUGGAAAUUAGAAACUCUGAUUGGAGUUGGUAUAUGGAGAUUUUUUCUCUGGGAAUUACAUCGAUUUAUUAGGUGCAGUUCCUGCUAUAGAUAAAAUUUUACUUUUAACUGGAAGACAUUUCUGUUCUGGGACACAGAUCGAUCUAAUACCAUGAUGCUGUGAUAAGUGAUUCUGGAAGUUGAUAUACAUUCAUUGAAUCAUGGAGACGUUUAGAUUCCUGUGUGCCAUUUUAUCAUUUUAUGUGGGAAUUUCUGUUGUGAAAGGCCAGUGUAGUAUAACGAAUUGUCAGACAUGCAGACAAGAAUCUGGUGUGACGUCAUGCUCACGGUGCAAUAGUGGUUUCUUCCCCUUGUCAACGACUUGUCAACCCUGUAGCCAGGGAUGUAGAGCAGUGACAUCAGGAUCAACAUGUGAUGGAUCAACCGGAAUUUGUGCCAGCGGUUGUAAUACUGGUUGGAUUGGAGAAAAAUGUGAUCGGUGUGAUAGUAAUUAUUACAGUGCAGGUGGGAGUUGUUACCAGUGUAGUGCAAAUUGUGCAAGUUCAUGUGACGGUACCACUGGCAGUUGCUUUGGAGGAUGUCGUCAUGGUUACUGGGGAAUACGUUGUGAAAAUACCUGUAGUCCUUUCUGUGUAGGACAAAGCUGUUACUACACAAACGCCACCUGUACAACCGGAUGUGUUAACGGAUUUUACGACAAUCGUUGUGAGUCUCCUUGCGGAGCGUGUCAGUGUGAAAGGCAGUCAGGAAAUUGUACCGGGUCGUGCGAUGCUGGAUGGUUUGGAGAAAAAUGUGACAAAAGAUGUAAUUCUGCUUGUUAUCUUGAGACCUGUGAACGGGAUGAUGGCCACUGCACGUACGACUGUCCUACUGGUUUUUACGGACCUUUCUGUUCUAAGAAUUGCAGUGACGGGUGUGAUGGAAAGUGCAAUCGAGACACCGGAGUAUGUUCAACUGGAUGCAAGCCUGGGUUUUAUGGAGACAUUUGCACGAAUCCAUGUAAUCCAAACUGCAAGACUGGAUAUUGCUCAAGAUCCGAUGGAUUGUGUGUUGGUGAUUGCAAAGAUGGAUUUUUUGGUGAUUACUGCUCUAGGAGUUGUGCCAGUUCCUGCAGUGGAAACUGCAAUAAAGACUCGGGCCUUUGUUCAGGUAAUUGCCAAGACGGCAGAUUCGGCGAUUUUUGUGAAAAGUUUUGUACCGCUGGAUGUUCGUCUAACACUUGCGAUCGAACCUCAGGGGUAUGCACGUCCGACUGCAUCUCUGGAUUGUUCGGAUUAUAUUGUAACCAAUCUUGUGCGACUUGUGAUUCAACUGGCUGUGAUAAGUCUAGUGGAAUCUGUAAUAGUCAGUGCGAUCCUGGAUAUUUCGGUAGCAUGUGCACAAAUCGUUGCUCCUUUGGUUGUCUUAAUGAAGCAUGUCAGAAAAGCAAUGGAGAUUGUAUAGGAAAUUGUAAGGUUGGUUAUUUCGGUGCAAACUGUUCUCAGUUUUGUAGUUCUAACUGUAAUAGCUCUGUUUGCUCCAAAACCUCUGGUGAUUGUUUCAGUUGUACUAACGGUCGAUAUUAUGGUCCAAAAUGUCAAAGUGCAUGUCCAAAUUGCGAUUCACAGGGUUGUUCGUUUGAAACUGGUGUGUGCAUUGGGUCUUGUUUGCCUGGAUAUCACGGGGCUAAAUGUGAUCUUCAAUGUAGCGCAAAUUGUGAAAGUCAGUCGUGUGACCGAACGUCUGGGAAAUGUUUAAAAUGUAAAGUAGGUUUUCACGGGUUUAAUUGUACAAUGCCUUGUAAUGGAAAUUGUCCGUCAAAUUUAUGUGAACAAGAUACUGGUUACUGUUCUCAGAAUUGCUCAAUAGGUUCAUGGGGCCACACCUGCACAGAAAGAUGCAGUUCGACAUGUUUUCAAAACACAUGCGAUAGAGAUACAGGGUAUUGUCAUGCUUGUGACGACGGAUUUUACGGUUUAACUUGCAAUUUAAAUUGCAGUAAUCAGUGCUCGUCGGGAACUUGUGAUCGCUCCAUUGGUUCCUGUAUCGGGUCUUGCAAUGUUGGGUAUUAUGGAUAUAAAUGCGAGUUUAAAUGUGUUGAGUACUGCAAUGGCUCUUGCAACCAGGUUACUGGCAUGUGUGACAAUCCUUGUCCACAUGGACGUUUUGGUGAUUACUGCUCUAUGCUCUGCCAGGAAACUUGCUAUGGAGACGAUAACAAAUGCAUUCGAUCUUCAGGUCAUUGUGAAACGGGUUGUGAUGUGGGCUAUUUUGGCAACUUUUGUGACUUAACUUGUCCGAAUUGCGACGCUGCUGGUUGUCACAGAUCGAAUGGCUCUUGCAUCGCUUCCUGUAAAAUAGGAUACUAUGGACCAUCUUGUAACCGUACAUGUAGUCAGACUUGCAAUAUCCUGAUGUGUGCCAAAGAUACUGGUUAUUGUACUAACGGCUGUACAUUGGGGUAUUUUGGCAACACCUGUGAAGACAUAUGCAACCCAAACUGCGAUUCCUCUGGUUGUCACAGAUCUACUGGUGUCUGUUUGGGAUCUUGUAAACCAGGCUAUUAUAAUCCAACUUGCUCAGGAGUAUGCAGCCCACAGUGCAAAGGCGGAUCCUGUGAACGAUUUAAUGGUACCUGCUCGGAAUGUAAUAUCGGUUAUUAUGGGGCCUUCUGCAAUUCAACUUGCAGCAAAUGUGACAGUCAAGGAUGCAAUCAAGCUGAGGGAAAAUGUUUUGGAGAGUGUCAGGUAGGAUAUUUUGGAGAAAAGUGCGACAGACUUUGUAGCCAAAACUGCGCUACCGCAUCGUGUAAUAAACUUGAUGGUCAAUGCUCUGCUUGCAGAGAUGGUUAUUUCGGUCCAACCUGUGCAUCCACAUGUAACUCAUUUUGCAUUAGUAAUAAAUGUAACCAAACCUCUGGUUAUUGUACAUAUGAUUGUCCAAAUGGAUACAAAGGCAAUUAUUGCAAUGAACUGUGCGAUUCAGCAUGUGCAGAUAAUACCUGUGAUAGAUAUAGCGGUGCAUGUGUUGGUAGUUGCAACGCUGGUAAACAUGGUCAAUAUUGUCAGCUAAAUUGCAGCACGAACUGUGGUUCUGGAACUUGUCUUAAAGAAAAUGGGGACUGCAUUGGUGGUUGUCGUACAGGGUAUUACGGUAAACAAUGUGAUAUUUUGUGUAGCCGUCAGUGUUCGUCUUCAUGCGAUCAGAUUUCUGGAUUUUGUUUUGGCCAAUGUAAAACCGGUCAUUAUGGAAACUUUUGUGAAACUCAGUGUAGCGCUUUUUGUAAAAGUGACACAUGCGAUAAAACCACAGGGGCUUGUACCAUUGGAUGUGACACAGGGUAUUAUAGUACAUAUUGUAACCAGACGUGUAGUACAUGUGAUGACAACGGUUGUAACGACAGAACAGGUGCUUGCUUAGCCAACUGUGAUGUAGGUUUUUAUGGCUCCCAUUGUACAUCACAAUGCCAAAGCACCUGUCAAGGCGCUUGUCAAAAAUCGACAGGACUUUGUUUAAAUUGCCCUACUGGAUACUACGGAGAUUACUGCUUACAAAGCUGUGCCAACUGCGAUAGCAACGGAUGUGCCAUAUCGGACGGAACGUGCAUUGGACUAUGUAGAGACAAUUUGUUCCAUGGUCAGUAUUGUAAGUCAUCUUGCAAUGGAAAUUGUUUAAACGGUACCUGUAAUAAAAUCUCCGGAAAUUGUGAUGCUUGUAUUCAGGGUUACUAUGGUCCAACAUGCACAUUAGCAUGCAAUGGUAAUUGUCAGCAGAAUGUAUGCAGAAGAAAUGACGGAUAUUGCACGAACCCUUGCUCUGAACGGUACUAUGGACCAACUUGUAAUUCAAUUUGCAGUGUAUACUGUCGAGGCGGUUGCGACCGAGGAACUGGUGUGUGUAAUGCCUGUAUUGAUGGCCGUUAUGGUGAUUAUUGUGAUAAAACCUGUAACACUACCUGUGGAACUGGAUUGUGUAAUAAAAACGACGGAAAAUGCAUUGGUUCCUGCGUACAAGGGUAUUUUGGAGAUUACUGUUCAUUUCAGUGUAGUGCUUCCUGUGGAGGAAGUUGUAACAAAACAACCGCUUAUUGCGUCGGAGAUUGUCAGAAUGGGUACUACGGGAACUUUUGUGAGUUAGACUGUAGCAUUGGUUGCAUAGGAGCAGUAUGUGCCAGAAGUAAUGGGGUUUGUGGCAGUGGUUGUAAAGCUGGUUUUUAUGGAACCUUCUGCAAUAACACCUGUCCAACUUGUGACGCUAAUGGAUGUCACCAAACAAGUGGAACCUGCCUCUCUCAAUGUUUGCCUGGGUACUACGGCGGGGAUUGUUCUCUUCCAUGUAGCUCAAACUGUAAGGGUGGUCGAUGUGCUCGGUCGUCAGGCAUUUGUUCUGAAUGCAAAGAUGGUUACUUUGGAGAAAAAUGUGAGACUCUUUGCAGUACGGGAUGUACUGAUAACGCCUGUGAUCAAAAUACCGGUGUAUGUAAGUCUGGUUGUAAACAAGGCUUUUACGGCACAAGCUGCAGCAGGGCUUGCGUUGGAUGUAAUGAAUGUUUUCGUGACACAGGCUACUGUGCCAACUGCACUUCGAAUAGAUAUGGAACCAUCUGUCAGUUUACAUGUAGUUCUAAUUGUAAGUUGUCUUCGAGUGGGCAACUGAUGUGCGACAAGGACUCUGGGGCAUGUCGUUAUCAAUGUAGAGAUGGUUGGUGGGGAGCAAAAUGUGAUCAAGCCUGCAACAGAGGUUCGGGAUGUCAAAGUUCUGCAUGCGAUAUCAAUACGGGAUUUUGCUUAACGCAGUGCUCUGAUGGUUAUUUUGGAGAUCGAUGUGAAAAGCAAUGCAGUGCCACUUGUGCUGGCAACAGAUGUGAUAAGGCUUUGGGUACUUGUUCAAAUGGAUGCAACAACGGUUAUUUCGGAUCAACGUGCUCUCAACAGUGUGGCCAAAACUGUUUGUCUUGCGAUUUUCAGACUGGUAGUUGUAAUGUAUGUGAUAAAGGAAGAUACGGAAAUACCUGCCAGUUCAGUUGUAAUAGUAAUUGUAAUGUUAGUAGUGGACCGGAUCAAACAUGUUCAAAGGACUUAGGUUAUUGUCUGCAUAAUUGUAAAUCAGGAUAUUUCGGAAACGAUUGCUCUCAAACAUGUCCAGGCCAAUGUUUAAGUGGAAGCUGCAACAGGGCAAACGGACAAUGUGACGAUGAUUGUAAGAAUGGUUAUUACGGUCUUUUCUGUAACCACACCUGUCCUAACUGCUUAGAGGGAGGCGGGGGAUCCUUGUGUCAUCGAACAACAGGUGCUUGUUUAAAUGGAUGCAAACUUGGAUUUUUCAACGAUCAGUGUUCUCAGAUGUGCUCUUUAGAUUGCCAGUCCCAUGCAUGUUCUGGAACCGAAAGAAAUUGUACUGUUGGAUGUGUUCAGGGACUGUUUGGUUCCGACUGCACAUCCAAAUGUAACCCGAAUUGCAUCAACGACAUUUGUGUACGGGCGACCGGGGAAUGUAUCGUCGGAUGUCGACCAGGUUCAUAUGGAUCUUUAUGUGACUUUAACUGCAGUAACAUAGGAUGCCCCAGUGGAAAUUGCGACCGGCAAACAGGCGCCUGUCAGUCAGUCUGUGGGGCGGGGUAUUAUGGUUCUUACUGCAACUUGACCUGUUCCCAGUGUGACAGUGCUGGCUGUGACAAAUCCACUGGGUCUUGCUUGGGUUCUUGUAAAGCUGGAUUCUAUGGCGUAAAUUGUGAACGAUCUUGUAGCAGCAACUGCAAUGGAAUCAGUUGUGAAAGAAUCUAUGGAAAGUGCUCUGCUAAUUGCAUAGCUGGAUGGUUUGGAGAUAAAUGUGAUCAGGCAUGUCAUUCAAAUUGUGCAAAUGGAAUUUGCGAUCGGGAAACAGGGGACUGUGAAAGUUGCAUUGCAGGUCAUUAUGGGGGAAAAUGUUCCUUCUUUUGCAGUUCUAACUGCAAUACAACAAUCUGCGAUCGUACGAAUGGGACUUGCACUGCCUGUGCAUCAGGUUGGUACGGCGAGAGCUGCAACAUCAGGUGUGGAGAUAAAUGUGAAAACCUUAUUUGCUUGCAGGACACGGGCAACUGCCGGAAAUGCAAACCAGGAUAUUACGGAACGAAAUGCGAUUCGACAUGUUCAGGAUGUGCCCCUUACAACAAUCAGUCUAACUGCGCACAGGUAGAUGGUAUGUGUUUGAACAAGUGUAAGACAGGGUUUUAUGGCAAUAAGUGCACAGGGGUUUGCAACAACAAGUGCAAAAACAACAAUUGUGAAAAUACAGCAACAAAUUGUCUAGAUGGCUGCCAAAUAGGUUACUUUGGGACCGAUUGUCAAUCUGAUUGCAGUACCAAUUGUCUGAACUCAGAGUGCAGUAAAACAACAGGAGAUUGUUCGCAGGGAUGCAAAGCGGGCUGGUAUGGACCUAGAUGUUCAAAUGCAUGUAAUAGUGCUUGCCUGAACAGCUUAUGCAAUGCUGAGAAUGGUAUUUGCUUCGCUUGCCCCGACGGCCUUUAUGGAAAUCUGUGUGAUCAGCAGUGCCACACAAACUGUCAAGGGGGUGUUUGCGACAGGAACGGAACUUGUUUGGAAUGCAAACCCGGAUUUUAUGGCAAAAUGUGCAACGAGACUUGUGGAAACUGCACGAACUGUGACCGAACGACGGGAUGUAAGGCUUGCUCGACAGGAAAAUGGGGAAAUGCUUGCCAGAAUGAUUGCAAUCAAAACUGCCAAUUAAGUAGAUGUAAGAAGGAUGAUGGAACGUGCGAGGAAUGUAAGGCAGGGUUUUUCGGAGCCCUCUGUAAUAAGGUCUGCAAUAUUACAAAUUAUUGUAUUGGUAAUGCAUGCGACCAGUUUACCGGAGCAUGCAGUGGAAAUUGCGUUGCUGGUUGGUACAGUAGCCGGUGCGAGAUCGCUUGUCCAGUGAACUGCAAAAAUAAAGCUUGCAACCGUCAGAGCGCCGUUUGCAGUUAUGGAUGCAGCCCUGGGUAUUAUGAUGAUCUUUGCCAGACACUAUGCCCAGUGGGAUGUUAUAAUUGCAGCUCUACCGGUAUCUGUUUAUCUUGCAAAACUGACUAUUACAAUCAGGGGUGCCUUACCCAAUGCAAUACAAACUGCAAACAGCCUACGGACAAUUCCCGAGUUUGUGAAGCCAAUACUGGUAACUGUGUAGAGGGAUGUAAAGAUGGGCAUUAUGGUGCCAUGUGUCAAAUGAGUUGCUCUGUAAAUUGUAAGGGUCUGUCUUGUGCAAGAGACACUGGAAGAUGCACUGGAAUUUGCAACGCAAAUUUCUUUGGCCCCUUUUGCAACGAAUCAUGUAGUGGUUGCGAGACCAUAGGUGGAUCUAGUUGCGAGCAAUCAACUGGAAGAUGUUUACAUGGCUGUAAAUCUGGUUUCUUUGGCACGUACUGCAGAGAUCAGUGUAGCACAAACUGCCUUAACCUGAAAUGUGAAACUUCUAAAGAUAAUUGUAUGGAUGGUUGUAUCGCUGGGAAAUAUGGAUUUGACUGUAAACAGGACUGCAAUGCUAACUGCUUUGGAGGAACCUGCGUUCGGUCCACUGGGGCCUGUGAAAACUGCGUAAGCGGGAUGCAAGGUGCCGCGUGUAGCCAGAGGAUAGUUUCCUCAGACAACGACAAUAUUCCCCUUAUUGUCGGUCUCUCAGCUGGUGGUGGGGCGCUGUUGAUCAUCAUCAUAAUAACCUUGAUAUGUAUGCAGCAACGCCGAUCAAGUAAGCGUCGACUAGAGAAGAUCUUAGCCAUGAAAGCUUUCCAAGACAAUAAUGGCUGGACGUUUGAUGACGAACGACUAGCCCCGAGCCAGUACGGAAGGAGUUCACAUAACGGAAGUUUACAUGGCAGUAUCCAUGGCAGUGUGCACGGAAGUCAGUUCCACGGAAGUCAAUACUUCGGAUAUGAUAAUGUGGUUGUUGCUGGUGGUGACAUUGCUGUAAGAGACUUAAACCAAUAUGUUGCCAGAAUGAUAGCAACAGAGGGCGCUUUUGAAAAGGAACACAAGCGGCUUCAAAUUGGAUUAAUUGCUCCAUGUACAGAGGCAGAGAAACAGGAAAAUGCCAGGAAAAAUAGAUACAAGAAUAUAUAUGCUUAUGACCAUAGUCGUGUUUUGUUAAAUAAAGAAAGUGACACGGAUUCCAUGCCAAGCUAUAUUAACGCAAAUUUUAUAAAUGGGUUUGAAAAAGAAAGCAGAUAUAUUGCUGCUCAAGGACCAACAGAGAAUACAGUAGAUGAGUUUUGGAAAAUGGUGUGGCAGAAUAAAUGUUCAGUUAUUGUAAUGUUGACAAAACUGAUUGAAUGUGGGGUUAGUAAGUGCUUAUCAUACUGGCCGAUAGAUGACAAUGAAUACGUGAAUGCUGACAUUCGAAUAAAGUUUAAAGGCAAAGAAGAGUUUGCUGAUUUCACCAUUACUUACCUUUCCCUAACAAAAGGUGCAGAUGAACUGGAAGUCACUCACUGUCAGUUUACUACGUGGCCAGAUAAAGGCGUUCCCAUUUAUGUCACGCCCCUUGUAGAAUUUCUGCACAAAAUAAAGUCUAUCGAAGAUGAUUCGCCAUUAUUAGUUCACUGCAGCGCUGGUGUUGGAAGAACAGGUGCCUUCAUCGCUGUACAUUAUCUAUGUGAGCAAGCAGAAAAGGAACAAAAGAUAAACAUAUUUAAUUGUGUAAAGAGCAUGCGCGAACAAAGAAUCAAUAUGGUGCAAACUCCGGAGCAGUACAGGUUUAUACACGAGUGUGUCUUAGAGUCGCUUACAUUUUCAAAAUCCAUUGUUAAAUCAUCAGAGUUUAGACAAUACUAUGCUCAAAUGAUGGAAAUUCAGAAUGGGUCUACAACUCGACAAUUAGAGCUACAGUUCUUGAAAAUAAAAUCUUUAUCCAAGAACAUAGAAAGAGAAGAUAGUGCCAAUUUACCAGAAAACCAACCUAAAAAUAGAACAAAUAUAGUUGCCCCUGAUUUUUGUCGAGUUUUCCUUUGGUCAAGUGUUCAGGGUUGCAACGAUUACAUCAAUGCUAUAUAUGUACCGACCUACCGGCGACGAUAUGCCUACAUUAUCACAGAAAUGCCACAAACACACACAAUCAUUGAUUUCUGUAGACUCCUACAGCAAGAGGAAUGUAGAACCAUUGUGAUGCUCAACAGUGAUAAAACAGAAACACAGGAUGGGAAGUACUGGGCGGAUCCAGGGGAAAGUGUGGUGUGUGGGCCGUUUCGUAUUGCAGUUAAGAACGUUUCGGAGGAAGAGCAUUAUAUCUGCAGGACAAUAGAUCUUCACUAUAGUAUAGGGAGUGAUCGUGACAGUAUAAAUAUAGUAGACAUGGAAGGUGUAGUGGAAGUUCGGCAGUAUCAGAUAAAAUCCUGGUUGGAAUCGUCGCCUGUUCCGGGUUCCGUAUUUUCUGUACUUGAUAUCGUGAAGGACAUGUUGCCGUGGCAAAACCAGUCUGGUAAUCAUCCCGUCUUAGUGCAUUGCAAAAAUGGUGCAGAUCGGAGUGGUCUUUUUUGCCUCUGUGCUUCUGCAAUCGACAGAGUUAUUUCGGACGGCAGUGUAGCAAUGCCAUACAUGCUGAAUCAUAUAAGAGCGAGGCGAAGGGAGCUAGUUCCAUAUUAUGUACAAUACAAAUUUUGUCACGACGCUGUUGAUAGAUUUAUAGGUCAAUGUGAUUAGAAGCUCUCCUUAAAGUCAUAAACAAAUCUUUAGUAUUGAUAUAUUUAAUCCUUAAGAAACAGUAUUAUUUAUUUGCUAUUGAGUUUUUGUAUUUGCAACAUUGAUUGGUGCUUGACGAUUUGAAUAUUUUGCAUUAAAAUAUCUGUUACUCUUAAAUUGCUGAAUGUAUACAUGUAUGUCGAGUUGUCUUUUUCAGUUUUCGUGGAUGUCAUGACCUUUCUCCAAUUGGGUCGAAUAGUGUUUCCCUUUUAUUUUUUCAGUUUUGAUUCGGUGCUAUCUUGAGUUUAUCGUAUAUGUUAUUUGAGGGUAAAAAUGAUUGUUUUAAAUGGUCAUAUUACAAUUGCGCAUCGGUUUGCUUAUU